CUUUCCGGAGCGAGAGUGCCUGUGGUGGAAACGAAAGAGAGAGAGGGGCCAUGGCUGCAUGAUAUUGCUCCCUUUCUCUGCCGAUUCUCAGCCUCAAAUAUCGUGUUUCUUCCUAAAGGCGGUUUCCGGUUUUCGGAUUCUGGUUUUCUCCCGAGCUGCAAUCCGCCGUGACCUGAACUGAGCUUCUUCUACUAGGCGGUUUUGUCGACCUCGCAGCCGAAUUGCAGGUGCCAGUUCUACUUCUGCUUGUUUUGUAUAGGCGGUUUAGGGUUUCGGUUCGUUCGAGGCUGAUUUCGGCAGUAAAUGAUCGGACGAGUACGGAAGAAUCGCGUUUUCCACGGGAUUUGCAGAGAUUUCUUACCCCUUUUGCGAGAUACUACUGGCGCUUCUCUCGAUUCGGAGAGAAAUUUUCAUGCGAAUGCGAGAAGGGUAGGGUCUGCCGAGGAAUUCACUUCCGAUUCUCGACUUUCUUGGACAGAUCGGGUUCUAUUUUUUGCGAAUUCGAACCUUCAUGGAGCAGAAUCGAAGUUCUAGCACUGGAUCUGGAAAUUCCGGACACUACGGUCCGGAAAUUGCCGAAACCUUCCAUUUCAGCGAAGAUAUCCAGAGCUUGAUGACGGAAAACAUCCUCCAACCGGCCUUCGAUCAGCCACGGGAAAACGACAGCUCUUUCACUGCCCUCCUCGGACUUCCGACUAACCAAGCCCUGGAACUUCUACACAAGCCCGAAUCCGUCGAGUCUCCAGUGGUCCCAUCCGGCGAGAUCUGGAGAAAUCAGAAGCCCGUACCGUUUUCCUUCGCCGGAACCCCUACCUUCCCUUCAAACGCAGCUCUUGUGGAGCGAGCGGCGAGGUUCUCCGUCUUCGCCGAGCAAUCGCCGGAGACGAGCUCCGACCCGUCAAAUUCCACUGGGAAAUCGCUGAAAUUGAAGGUCGAGCCAACGGAUUCCCACUCCAACCCCAAUUCCUUGCCGAUUUUCUCCGGCCCGACGCUUCAGAAUCGGCGAUCGGGGAAAAGGAAAGAAGGGGAGAAGAGCAAGGUGAAAGCGCCCGCGAAAAAGUGCAAAAGCGAUGAAGAAGGAAACUCGAAGAAGAAAACGGAAGAAAGCGAGAAGCUUCCUUACGUUCACGUUCGUGCUCGUCGAGGGCAAGCAACUGACAGCCACAGCUUAGCGGAAAGAGCGAGGAGGGAGAAAAUCAACGCUCGGAUGAAGCUCCUUCAGGAACUGGUCCCCGGUUGCAGCAAGAUUUCCGGUACGGCAUUGGUGCUGGACGAAAUCAUCAGCCACGUACAAUCUCUACAACGUCAAGUAGAGUUCCUAUCCAUGAAGCUUGCUUCGGUUAACCCAAGGAUAGACUUCGGCAACCUUGACAGCUUCUUUUUAUCUACGGAGAAUGGAAGUCUCACAACAGGUAACGGAAUGGUAGCGCUUGACCCACUGCUGUUGCCAGAAUUCCAGCUUAACACAUUGAGACGGCAGCAGCAAGCUGAUGCAGUACUCCCACAGUCAUGGUGGGAAAGAGGAGACAACCCCGUCUUUAUCUCUCCCGACUCAGGUUACAACUCAGCACUUUCAGUUUCUCUACAGUCGAACGGCUUGAAAAUGGAACUUUGAAGAAGCUGGAGUAGAGAUGGGUUGGUAGCUUGAGCAGUAGUGUACAUAUCAGAAAUAUUGUUAGGAACGUAGGUGCCAAUAGCUCUCAACAUAUUCUUAGGGUUGCCAUUUCUCUGCUGUUUUGGCAGAAUCGAGCCAAACCCUAAUUUUUCAUUUUAAGUAGAAAGAGAAAAAUGAAAUAUUAUAUAUUGUUAUAUAUAAUUAGUUAGUACUGUCUUCUAAUCUUCUCAGUCCUGUUUUCAUUGGUGGUCUCAUUAAUUGGCAUUUUAAGGGCCGUUGGAUGUUAUAUAUACUUAGUCUUUAAGAAGGCUCUUAUACUCUGGCACUCUGAAAUUGUACCCAGGGACAUGUAUUUAACUCAAAUUGAUCUAACUAAAUUGUGGAA